GCCGCAUCAUGGAUCUACCUCGUCUUUUGACGACUCCCACCAGUACCGAGACUCUGCGGUCUGGCGCGUGGACGCACGAAGAAGUGAUGUACAUGGCCAGCCUCUUGCGUGCUUUUUCCCUCGGCGCACUGCCUGCUGUGCCCGAUGGCACCCAACUGCGCGGCUUCCUCGCGUCCGAGCUCGGCUGCAACCCGAUGCGCGUCUCCAAGAAACUCGGUCACGGCCACCUCGACACGCAGCCUCUCGCGCCGCGCAUCGGUCGACAGAGCUAUUGCCGCGACAUCACUCUCUCUGUGGAGAAAGUCCAAGCAACCUUACUCCAUUUGAACGAGCUCCGACGCUCGUUCUUGGAGACUGCCGCGUCGCUCAGCGUGACGUCGCGGCCAAAGCGCACUCGCUCGUCCAUGCAAGCGCAUCACGGCGGCCACUGGCGCUACGAAGAAGAGCUCUACGCGUUCAAGCUCGUCGAGGCCUUCAUGCUCGGGUACUUGCACCUUCGCGACGGGUCGACGCUGCGCGGGUUCGUGGCCGGUGAGCUCGGCUGCUGUCCGAUGCGUGUCACGAAGAAGCUGGCCACGGGCAUGCUCUGUGGUCGGCAUUUGCCCCGACGCCUCGGACGGGUGGUGUACACGGAGCCGCGUCAGACGUCGAUCGAAUUGGAUCAGGUGGCGCUCGCGGCGCGAGAGGAGCUCCGUCGGUUGCGGAAAGCGUAUUUGCGAUCAAGCGACUUGCUGUAG